AUGCCCAAGGCCGCACCGAAACAACUAGUUAACCCAGUAGUGGACGCCGCAGCUCCCUACCCGCACGCCGCCGAGUUCACCGCGGUGGCAACCGCGCCCAAGACAAAAACCAAAACUGCCAGGCCAGCUGCUGAUGAUUCAUCGUCCACAGAGGACCCUCUCAUCUUCCUGACGGCGGUGAAGCUGCCCGGCGAGGAGGAAGGCGAGGUGCCCAUCUAUGACUCGUGCGAUGAAAUCCGGAGGAAGAUAAGGGCAUUCUUUCGCGAUCCUAAUUAUCGGAGAUUUAUGGAGAAGAAGGGUGAAGGGUCGGGGGCGGAGAAUGGAACCUUUACGGGAGCGUACAUCUUUUUUGAGAAGAAGAGGAUCUAUGAGAACAAGCCAAAGGGGAAGAAAAGAAUUGAAAGUGAGCAGGACUAUCCCCUUGGCCGUCCCCUGGAGGACGAUAACCGUGGACGGAAGUGGAUCUGUUCGGCCGAGCUGGGGCCGCCCACAAAAAAGGAAGCCAGAAUGGCUAUUGCCAGGAGAAUGUAG